AUGGACGCAGACCAUCAGGAGGACAUCGAGAAGCUGAAUGCCGGCUUUCAAGAAUGGGAAUCGGAUUACACUGACCAAGAACGGAGCAUGGGGUUCGAGUUGCUCGAUCCUAAGGAUCUCACGUUCACCAAGUUCUUGGGCGAGGGCACUUCGGCAUCGGUCUACGUUGGCGAAUUGAAGGGCAGGGGCACCGUCGCCAUCAAGGUACUACGCGAGCGUAUCGAAGAAAAGCUCUGGCAAGACUUUAAGAAGGAGCUCAAGGUUAUGAGCUUGGUGAGGGGGCCUCGCAUCGUGGAAUUCUACGGCGUCUGCAUGCGACCACGAUUCUGCAUCGCGCUCGAGUUCUGUGAACUGGGCAGCCUGCUCCACGUGCUAGAGCGGCAAGACAUCUUCUGGGAAUGGGACAAGACCUUCGAUCUCAUUCGCCAGGUGAUCCAGGCCGUCAACGAUCUCCACACAUGGAACCCUCAGAUCGUGCACCGCGAUCUCAAGAGUCUCAAUCUUCUCCUCGACAAGGACUUCAACGUCAAGACGGAGGUGACAGAGGACGCAGACGGACAGAUCAACACGCUCUCCACCCUCAACAAGCUUCGCGGCACCUACGGCUAUUCGGCUCCCGAGCUGUACGAGAAGCAAAAGGCCACAAACAAGUCCGACGUUUUCUCGCUGGGCAUCAUCCUGUGGGAGAUCGUGAGCCGAGUCAUCACUGGCGUCUACGCGCGACCAUACGCCGAGUACACGAACAUGCGCUACGAUUUCCAGAUCCUGAUCGGCGUUUCGAAGAAGGGGAUCCGACCCACCUUGCCCGCCACCUGUCCAGAGGAGUUCAAGAUGAUGAUCACCUCGUGCUGGUCGGGCCAGGCCGAGAAACGCCCCGAUUGCGGCUUCCUUCUCAUCCAGCUCAACAUGAUCAAGGGUCGCGAAUACAACAAGAACAAGGAGCAGUGGGACGCGCUGCUGCCACCGCGACCUCCGGGAGCCAUCACGCCUGGGAUCUCGUCAGCCUCCUCCACCGCCGUCCCGACCGUGCCGGAGAAGAACGGAAACAGCGGACCCGAAAGCGCCGCGACGGCCAAGAGCGCUCCCGCGACGACUUCUUCAACGUCGACGUCGACGUCACCACCGGCAAAGGCCUCGUCCCCUGCGCCGGCCCCGGCCCCGGGGCCCAACGCAGACAAGGACGGGAAGGAGGAGAAGAAGGAGAAGAAAAAGAAGAGCAGCAGGAAGAAGGAGAAGAAGGCAUCGUCGACGACAACGGAGGAGGGCGAAAAGAAGAAGAAGAAGAGCAGCAAGAAGAAGGAGAAGGCCGACAAGGACACCGGCGGCGAGAAGGAGAAGAAGAAAAAGAAGAAGAAGACGACGACCAAGGACGCGGCGAGUGAUGACCCAAACCACCAUCCGAGCCGCCUACGCCUUAUCCAUCCGCGCAGCAACCCCCCACUUGGCCAGAGCAGAGAAAAGCGAGCGAAGAGACCGCGCGCACGUGCGAGUGGGGUGUAUUAA